AGGGCCGGCGCCAUCAGCACUGCCGCCUCUGCCCCUGCCCCAUCCCCUACCCUGUUGUGCUGGCCUGUGUGGGCUUUGGUGCCAGCCCUGCUGACCCUUGACUUCUCUGAACCUCAGUCUCCUCUUGUAGCAAACGGGCUCAUCACAGCCGGGCCUGGCAUUGAGCCAUGGUUGCUAGAAUUAUCCACCUAGAGGGCCCAGCCAGGCCUUUUGGGUCAUGCCUCUGCCCCUCAAGGCUGAUGAGAUGUGUUUUCAGGGAGGAUGGAUGGGGUAAUAUGAGGAAACUGAGGCUCAGGCGUGCAGAGCCUGCCCCACCUGCUGCGUGACCUUAGGUCAGCCCUGCCCCUCUCCGAAGCCUUUAGCAGGUAGACAACGGGUCAGAGCAGCUCCAAGCACCCUGCAGCUCUGCUCUUUGAUUGCUCCAAGCCUCAUUCCCUCCACAUUCCUGACUUCUGUGUGACUACAGGCCAGGCAGUCUUCCCUUGAGCCUCUGAUGUCCAAUUCUGUGUCAUGGGGUUAUCAGCCCUGCCUUCUUGGUCCUGGGCUGGGAGUGGAGGCUCCAUCCUGACCUGGAUGUGGUGGCAGAGAGGUAGGUGCCCCCAUCCCUCACCCCUGCCUCUGCCGCCAGUGUCGGGACUCUUCUGCCUAGUAUGGGCCUGGGGUGAACUGAUGGAGAGGCUAGAGGGAGCAUCCUGCAGGGAGAGGCCUCAAGGAAGGCAAGGCCAGCACCCCCACCCCAAAGGGCCUCUGUCCCACCCAGGAGGCUCCAUCCUCCCAGCAACGGUGGGGAUGGAGUGGAGCCAUGAGUAGGGGCAGAGGCCUAGACUCCCACGCCACAGGAUGGUCCCGGGCAAGGGCUCUCCAUCUGCAAAGUGCGGCUCUGGCCCCUGUUCUAGGCUGCUGCUGUGACUCUGGGAAGCCCUCCUCCUGCCCCUUCUGGGCCGCUUUCUCUGGGAUCCCCCUUGCCAUGUGCUAGUGCUAUGUGCCCAGGCCGUUUCUCAGGGCUGCCCGCUGUGUCCUACUGUGACCUCAGCCACUAGAACAAACCCGAGACACCUGGAGGGAGCUCACCAGACAGGUCAGGGCUGAUGACGUUCAAGCGCGUGAAGACAGUCCUACGGACUUCCUGGAGGAGGAAGAGAGAGCACUGGAUGCCUCUGGGUGAGUCCUGGAAGAUCUGUGCUGUGGGAGGGUGCCUGAUGGACAAUCCCUGGCUGCUGCUGACAUGUUUCCUGUGAGUUCCUGGAGGCCUCGAUGCCUGGGAGCACCGCAGGAACACUGUGGGAGCACUAUGCAUCCCUCACCCUCGUGAACACUUUGGAGCUAUGAGCCAGGUCAGCCCAGGGCCCCAGGCUCACUGUGGCUGGAGGGAGAGGCCCACUUAGGUGAGCCUCGAAGGCUUCCCUAGCUUCAUAUGACCAGAGAAGUUUGUAAUCCUGGAGGCCUGUCUGUGUAAGGGCCUGGGGGUGACUCUGGGGGCAUCCAGGACAGAUUGCCGGAGAGUGGGGGUCACCAGAUGGUGAAGUGUUGUGACUGGCAAAUACAGAAAGCCAGGAGUGUG